CUUGUUAUAAUUUUAUAUAUAAAAUUUAAUAGAUAAAUAAUUAUUUAUAUAAAUAGUAAAAAAAUAUAUAAAAAUGAAAGAUAUAAAAAAAAUAUUAUUUUCAUUUAUUAUAUUUUUUAUUAUUUUUGGUGUAAUCUCAUCCAAAACAACAAUAAAAAAUUCAAAUAAAAAACAGGAACCAAAAUUAAGCUCCACUUUGCUUAAUGUUCACAUAGUACCACAUACUCAUGAUGAUGUAGGAUGGCUAAAAACUGUUGAUGAAUACUAUUCUGGCACAAAUAUGUCAAUUUCAUUUACAGGUGUACAAUAUGUAUUAGACAAUGCCGUCUCUUGUUUAUUGCAAAACCCCGAAAGAAAAUUUAUUUAUGUUGAAAUUGCAUUUUUCCAAAGAUGGUGGAAUGAACAAACUCCAACUAUGCAGAAUCUUGUAAAAGGAUUAGUUGAAUCUGGUCAAUUGGAAUUCAUUAAUGGUGGCUACUGUAUGAAUGAUGAAGCAACUACCUACUAUGAUGAUAUUAUUGAUCAAAUGACUGUUGGUCAUCAAUUCCUCUGGGAAAACUUUGGUGUUAUGCCAAAGAUUGGUUGGCAUAUUGACCCAUUUGGACAUAGUUCAACUCAAGCUGCAAUUUUUGGUGCUAUGGGCUUUGAUGCUUUUAUUGUUGGCCGUAUUGACUAUCAAGAUAUUGGCAUUAGAUUACAAGAUAAACAAAUGGAGUUUAUGUGGCGUAGUUCAAAGAGUAACCCAGAUGAUCAAAUCUUUACCUCUGUUUUAAGAGCAAUGUAUUGUACCCCAAAUGGCUUUGAUUUCGAAAAUGGUGAUGAUCCAAUUCAAGAUGACCCAAAUCUUUUUGGUUAUAAUGUUGAGCAAAGAGCAUCUGCUUUCGUAGAAAUUGCCAACGAGUAUGCAACCCAUUUCCGUUCAAAUAAUGUUUUAAUUCCAUUUGGUUGUGAUUUCCAAUAUUUAAAUGCUAAUAUGUACUUCAAGAAUAUUGAUAAAUUAAUAGAACAUAUCAAUGCAAGCCCAGAAAAAUAUGGUUUAAAUCUUAUUUACAGUACUCCAUCUAUUUAUAUCGAUGCUGUCAACAAAGCUGGUUUAACAUGGAACGUUAAGACUGAUGACUUUUUCCCAUAUGCUGAUGAUGCCUUUAGCUAUUGGACUGGUUAUUUUGUAAGUAGACCAGCUCUCAAAGGUUAUGUACGUCAAAACAAUGCUCUUUUACAUAUGGUCGAACAAAUGUUGGUUACUAGUAGCAGCUUUUUAACACAAACCCAAUCAUCUCAAUUAAUUCAAGACAUCAUGGUUAUGCGUCAAGCAAUGGGUGUUGCUCAACAUCAUGAUGCUGUUUCUGGUACCGAAAAGCAAGAGGUUGCUGAUGACUAUGCUGAACGUUUAUCAAUAGGUAAUGCUGCCUCUCUCGAGACAAUCAACACUGUAAUUGGUAAACUUUUAACAUCUUCAUCAAAAUCAAAGAAUGCUGCCACUCCAAACCUUUCAUUCUGCCCAUUAUUAAAUCAAAGUAUAUGCCCAGCUACCAAUCCUCUUUCAGAAGGCUCCAAUGUACCAGUUAUUUUCUACAACAGUCUCAGUUGGACACGUUAUGAACACGUUAGAGUCCCAAUCCCAGUUUCAAAUGUCUCUGUAUCAUCAACUGAUGGUCCAAUCCCAAGUCAAGUAAUUAAUUACAAUUCCAGCUAUAUUUUAGAAUUCUAUGCUCUUGUUUCACCAUUAGGCUAUUCAACAUAUGUCAUAUCUCCAGUUAAAGGUGAAGAAAAUGAAAGACCAGCCGAACAAGUUUAUGAAACUAUAGUCACAAAAGAAAAUACAGCAAAUCCAAUUGUAUUUGAAAACAAAUAUAUUUCUGCUCAAUUUAAUCCAAAUGAUGGAUCAUUAAUCAGCAUUACCAAUGUCACCUCAGGUGCCACCCUUAAUAUUCAACAAGAAUAUGUUUGGUAUCAAUCUAGUGAUGGCAAUUAUGAUUCCACCCAAUGCAGUGGUGCCUAUAUCUUUAGACCAAAUGAAGACUAUGCUUUUAAAUAUAAUAACAUCACCCCAAUUGUAACAGUUGCCCAAGGCCCAAUUUCAUCUAGCAUUAGAAUCUUCUGGUCAGAUAUUAUGGUCCAAACCUUUAGAUUAUACACUGAAUCAGAACACUUGGAGGUUGAGGAAAUUAUAGGUCCAAUUGAUAUAUCAGAUAAUCUAGGUAAAGAAGUGGUCUCUCGUUAUACAACUGAUCUUUCCACUGAUAAUACUUGGUAUUCUGAUUCCAAUGGCAUGGAAAUGCAAAAACGUAUAACAAACUAUCGUCCAUCAUGGAACUAUACUGUUGUUCAACCAACAUCUGGUAACUAUGUUCCUGUCAAUGCUAUCACAUAUAUUCAAGAUACAUCAAAGAAUCUUCAAUUCACAGUACUCACAGAUCGUAGUCGUAGCUCUGCAUCAUUAAGAUCAGGUCAAUUAGAUGUAAUGAUGCAUCGUCGUACUCUAAUGGAUGAUGGUCGUGGUGUAGGACAACCAAUGAAUGAAUCUACUCAAAUUAUUACCACAAGCAAACUUAUUUUCCACGAUAUUUCUGAAGUUGCACAAUCACAUUACCGUCCAACUGCAUUAGGAUUAGCUCAUCCAUUAUAUCCAAUGUUUACAAGCACCCAACAAUCAAGCAGCCAAUGGAAUAAUCAAUACACUGGCAUCUACUCACCAGUAGAUGACCAACAAGUUCCAACUGGUAUUAAAAUUCAAACACUCCAAUGGUUAGACGACCAAGCCAACUCUGUCCUCUUACGUAUUGAAAAUAUUUACCAAAUUGAUGAUCAAGAUAAAGACGAUCCAAAGACCAUUUCAGUUGAUAUCUCUUCAAUCUUUACAAACCUUUCAAUUGCAUCUAUAACUGAAAUGAAUUUAACUGGUGUUCAAAAAAUUACAAAUAUUAAUCGUUUAAAUUGGAAUACUGUUGAUAAUUUCAAACCAUCUCCAAAAUCAUCAAGUCCAAAUAGUAAUGUAUAUAGUGUUUCACCAAUGCAAAUAAGAACUUUUGUAAUUACUUUUAAUUAAAAAAUUAGUUUAGAAAAAAAAAAAAUAAUAAUUAUAAAUAUUGUUGUUGUUGUUAAAAUAAAACAUAAAUAAAAAAAUAAUUUUGUAAAUUU